GCGGCGGCGGCGGCGGCAGAGCCUGAGCGGGGAUGUAGAGGCGGCGGCGGCAGCAGAGGCGGCACUGGCGGCAAGAGCAGACGCCCGAGCCGAGCGAGAAGAGCGGCAGAGCCUUACCCCCUGAAGCCGGGCCCCGCGUCCCAGCCCUGCCCAGCCCGCGCCCAGCCAUGCGCGCCGCCUGCUGAGUCCGGGCGCCGCACGCUGAGCCCUCCGCCCGCGAGCCGCGCUCAGCUCUAGGGUGAUUAGUUGCUUUUUGUUGUUUUUUAAUUUGGGCCGCGGGGAGGGGGAGGAGGGGCAGGUGCUGCAGGCUCCCCCCCCUCCCCGCCUCGGGCCAGCCGCGGCGGCGCGACUCGGGCUCCGGACCCGGGCACUGCUGGCGGCUGGAGCGGAGCGCACCGCGGCGGCGGUGCCCAGAGCCGAGCGCAGCUCCCUGCCCCGCCCCUCCCCCUCGGCCUCGCGGCGACGGCGGCGGUGGCGGCUUGGACGACUCGGAGAGCCGAGAUAGAGUUUCACCAUGUUGUCCAGGGUGGUCUCAAAACUCCUGAGCUCAAGCGAUCUGCCUGCCUCUGCUUCCCAAAGUGCUGAGAUUACAGAGUGAAGACAUUUCCACCUGGACACCUGACCAUGUGCCUGCCCUGAGCAGCGAGGCCCACCAGGCAUCUCUGUUGUGGGCAGCAGGGCCAGGUCCUGGUCUGUGGACCCUCGGCAGUUGGCAGGCUCCCUCUGCAGUGGGGUCUGGGCCUCGGCCCCACCAUGUCGAGCCUCGGCGGUGGCUCCCAGGAUGCCGGCGGCAGUAGCAGCAGCAGCACCAAUGGCAGCGGUGGCAGUGGCAGCAGUGGCCCAAAGGCAGGAGCAGCAGACAAGAGUGCAGUGGUGGCUGCCGCCACACCAGCCUCAGUGGCAGAUGACACACCACCCCCCGAGCGUCGGAACAAGAGCGGUAUCAUCAGUGAGCCCCUCAACAAGAGCCUGCGCCGCUCCCGCCCGCUCUCCCACUACUCUUCUUUUGGCAGCAGUGGUGGCAGUGGCGGUGGCAGCAUGAUGGGCGGAGAGUCUGCUGACAAGGCCACUGCGGCUGCAGCCGCUGCCUCCCUGUUGGCCAAUGGGCACGACCUGGCGGCGGCCAUGGCGGUGGACAAAAGCAACCCUACCUCAAAGCACAAAAGUGGUGCUGUGGCCAGCCUGCUGAGCAAGGCAGAGCGGGCCACGGAGCUGGCAGCCGAGGGACAGCUGACGCUGCAGCAGUUUGCGCAGUCCACGGAGAUGCUGAAGCGUGUGGUGCAGGAGCAUCUCCCGCUGAUGAGCGAGGCGGGUGCUGGCCUGCCUGACAUGGAGGCUGUGGCAGGUGCCGAAGCCCUCAAUGGCCAGUCCGACUUCCCCUACCUGGGCGCUUUCCCCAUCAACCCAGGCCUCUUCAUUAUGACCCCGGCAGGUGUGUUCCUGGCCGAGAGCGCGCUGCACAUGGCGGGCCUGGCUGAGUACCCCAUGCAGGGAGAGCUGGCCUCUGCCAUCAGCUCCGGCAAGAAGAAGCGGAAACGCUGCGGCAUGUGCGCGCCCUGCCGGCGGCGCAUCAACUGCGAGCAGUGCAGCAGUUGUAGGAACCGAAAGACUGGCCAUCAGAUUUGCAAAUUCAGAAAAUGUGAGGAACUCAAAAAGAAGCCUUCCGCUGCUCUGGAGAAGGUGAUGCUUCCGACGGGAGCCGCCUUCCGGUGGUUUCAGUGACGGCGGCGGAACCCAAAGCUGCCCUCUCCGUGCAAUGUCACUGCUCGUGUGGUCUCCAGCAAGGGAUUCGGGCGAAGACAAACGGAUGCACCCGUCUUUAGAACCAAAAAUAUUCUCUCACAGAUUUCAUUCCUGUUUUUAUAUAUAUAUUUUUUGUUGUCGUUUUAACAUCUCCACGUCCCUAGCAUAAAAAGAAAAAGAAAAAAAUUUAAACUGCUUUUUCGGAAGAACAACAACAAAAAAGAGGUAAAGAUGAAUCUAUAAAGUACCGAGACUUCCUGGGCAAAGAAUGGACAAUCAGUUUCCUUCCUGUGUCGAUGUCGAUGUCUGUGCAGGAGAUGCAGUUUUUGUGUAGAGAAUGUAAAUUUUCUGUAACCUUUUGAAAUCUAGUUACUAAUAAGCACUACUGUAAUUUAGCACAGUUUAACUCCACCCUCAUUUAAACUUCCUUUGAUUCUUUCCGACCAUGAAAUAGUGCAUAGUUUGCCUGGAGAAUCCACUCACGUUCAUAAAGAGAAUGUUGAUGGCGCCGUGUAGAAGCCGCUCUGUAUCCAUCCACGCGUGCAGAGCUGCCAGCAGGGAGCUCACAGAAGGGGAGGGAGCACCAGGCCAGCUGAGCUGCACCCACAGUCCCGAGACUGGGAUCCCCCACCCCAACAGUGAUUUUGGAAAAAAAAAUGAAAGUUCUGUUCGUUUAUCCAUUGCGAUCUGGGGAGCCCCAUCUCGAUAUUUCCAAUCCUGGCUACUUUUCUUAGAGAAAAUAAGUCCUUUUUUUCUGGCCUUGCUAAUGGCAACAGAAGAAAGGGCUUCUUUGCGUGGUCCCCUGCUGGUGGGGGUGGGUCCCCAGGGGGCCCCCUGCGGCCUGGGCCCCCCUGCCCACGGCCAGCUUCCUGCUGAUGAACAUGCUGUUUGUAUUGUUUUAGGAAACCAGGCUGUUUUGUGAAUAAAACGAAUGCAUGUUUGUGUCACGAA